AUGGGAAAAAGCUAUGAGAUCUGUGGGAAGGCAGAAUCCAUUAAAGGCCCUGAGGUAGUGGCCUGCUGUCAUUUAGGUCGUGAUGAAACCAAAGUAAAGCACAUUAAAAAGUAUCUUGAAGCUGUAGGAAUGUUUCGUGAUUUCAGCGACACCUCACAAGACCCAGACUUCGCGCAGGUUGUGGAGUUAGACUUGAAAACAGUAGUACCUUGCUGCAGUGGACCCAAAAGGCCUCAGGACAAAGUCGCUGUGUCUGACAUGAAAAAGGACUUUGAGAGCUGCCUUGGAGCCAAGCAAGGAUUUAAAGGAUUCCAAGUUGCUCCAGACCAUCAUAAUGACCAUAAGACGUUUAUCUACAAUAACAGUGAAUUCACCCUUGCUCAUGGUUCUGUGGUAAUUGCUGCCAUUACUAGCUGCACAAACACCAGCAACCCCUCUGUGAUGUUAGGGGCAGGAUUGUUAGCAAAGAAAGCCGUGGAUGCUGGCCUGAAUGUGAAGCCUUACAUCAAAACCAGCUUGUCUCCUGGAAGUGGUGUGGUCACCUAUUAUCUGCGAGAGAGCGGAGUCAUGCCUUAUCUCUCUCAACUUGGGUUUGAUGUGGUAGGCUAUGGUUGCAUGACGUGCAUCGGCAACAGUGGGCCUUUGCCUGAACCCAUGGUAGAAGCCAUCACUCAGGGAGACCUCGUAGCUGUUGGAGUGCUGUCUGGGAACAGGAAUUUUGAAGGUCGGGUCCACCCUAAUACCCGGGCCAACUAUUUAGCAUCGCCUCCCUUAGUAAUAGCAUAUGCAAUUGCUGGGACUGUCAGGAUCGACUUUGAGAAAGAGCCAUUGGGGAUAAAUGCAAAGGGACAGCAAGUAUUUCUGAAAGAUAUCUGGCCAAGUCGAGAUGAGAUCCAGGCUGUGGAGCGACAGUAUGUCAUCCCUGGCAUGUUUAAGGAGGUCUAUCAGAAAAUAGAGACUGUUAAUGAAAGCUGGAAUGCCUUAGCAGCCUCAUCAGAUAAACUAUAUAUCUGGAAUCCCAAAUCUACAUAUAUUAAAUCACCACCUUUCUUUGAAACUCUGACUUUGGACCUCCAGCCCCCCAAAUCUAUAGUGGAUGCCUAUGUGCUAUUAAAUCUGGGAGAUUCAGUAACAACUGACCACAUCUCUCCAGCUGGAAAUAUUGCAAGAAAUAGCCCUGCCGCUCGCUACUUAACUAACAGAGGACUAACUCCACGAGAAUUCAACUCCUAUGGCUCCCGCCGAGGUAAUGACGCCAUCAUGGCACGGGGGACAUUUGCCAACAUUCGCUUGUUAAAUAAAUUUUUAAACAAGCAGGCACCACAAACAAUACAUCUUCCUUCUGGAGAAAUCCUUGAUGUGUUUGAUGCUGCUGAGCGGUACCAGCAGGCAGGCCUUCCCCUGAUUGUUCUGGCGGGCAAGGAGUAUGGCUCAGGCAGCUCUCGAGACUGGGCAGCCAAGGGCCCUUUCCUGCUGGGAAUCAAAGCUGUUCUGGCUGAGAGCUAUGAACGAAUUCACCGCAGUAAUCUGGUUGGAAUGGGAGUGAUCCCUCUUGAGUAUCUGCCUGGUGAGAAUGCAGACUCCCUGGGUCUCACAGGGCAGGAACGAUACACUAUCAGCAUUCCAGAAAAACUCAAACCACGCAUGAAAGUCCAAGUCAAGCUGGACACUGGGAAGACCUUCCAAGUUGUCAUGAGGUUCGACACCGACGUGGAGCUCACUUAUUUCCACAACGGGGGCAUCCUAAACUACAUGAUCCGCAAGAUGGCCCAGUAGGCCCUGGUUUCUCAGGAGACUUGCACUCAGGGCUCAGCCAGCGAGACACUGGCCCCAACCAGUGGAUGCCCAGUGGAGAAGCCUCCCCCGGCUCCAUGAGUGUGGGCCCUGUGCACAGAGCAAGUAGAUUCUGCAGUUUAGGUUCCAUUCCUGGAGGCACAAAGCCAAAAGUUUCCACUUUCUCCAUUUUUAUUAAUCUUUUUAUCCUUUUCUACUGUUUGGAAGCUAGAAUCAUGGGAAGGUCAGUACUGCCAGAAAGAAAACUAGCUUAUCUUUAAAAUUACUGAUCACUGGACAUUGAUUUUUUUUUCACUCUUAACCUAUUAAUUUUCAGCUAAACACUAGUAAGUAUUCUCAGAAGACAUCUCAUAUUCUUCUUAUUGUUCUUCUCUGUUGUCCUGUGAUCAAUGAAAUCCUUCCCUCCAGGGCCUGUACCUUUGCAUUAACUGACAUAGGUAGGUAAGAAUUUUUUCAUACUUCAAAUCACAGUAGUGAUUAUGAUUCCCCCUUCAGAGUAAAUGAUCCAGACACCUUGUGAAUAAGUCAGACUUUGAAAUUUUUUGAUUAUGUACUUUUUGAGAGAUCAGAAUGAGAGAGUACUUUCUUUUACUGUCUUCAAAACUUUU